GCGUACCAAAAACCUCAGUAACCCCUGAUUCCCAUAAAUCUCAGAUACAGCCUGAAUCAUGCCAACGGACCAGAGGAAAGACAGAACUGUGCGAAAGGUUUCCAAGAAGUUCAUAAAACAGAAUGGCUAUGAUGAAUUCUACGAAUAUGCCUACUGCUGGAACCCAAUUUGCCGAUAGUCAUCAAUCAGUCUUGGGGAUAAUGAUCAAGCUGUAAUAUCAGAACAGACAAAUUCUGGCCGCCACCCACGAAAAUUGGAUUGUCCCUCAUCGGGGCCUGACGAGCAUCAUCGAGUGUUCUUUUCGAUGUACUGAUGAAGGCCAGAGCUAUAAAAGGCGCAUACCUACUACAAUUUGACUUUUCCAAGGCCUUAAUCAUGCUCCCUGCAACGGUCCUAGUUGCGCUCCUUGCGGCAUCUCCUGUCUUUACUUAUUCGUUCGAGCGUUCCAUCGAAACAACACUUGGAGGCCAUCUCUUCCGCCGUGAUACAGUCGACUACGGAAAUAGCACCUUAUGGCCUUCGCCGGCUGCUAAUGGAGGUAAAGCUUGGACUAAGGCAUUCGCUAAAGCGAAAGCGGUAGUCGCUCAAAUGACAGUCGAAGAACUCUUUAACCUCACAGUCGGGCUUGAUGGUCGUUGCUCGGGUAAUACAGCUCCAGUACCGCGAUUCAAUAUUCCCGAAUUUUGUUUCAACGAUGGUCCAGCUGGAGUUCGUGAUGUAGAAGGAGUUUCUCAAUUUCCUGCAGAACUUACCACCGCUGCAACCUGGGAUCGAGACUUGAUGUAUCGCCGAACUAAAGCGAUGGGACAAGAGUUUUACGACCAGGGUGUCCACAUCCCGUUGGCGCCGGUGAGUGGCGGACCUCUGGGCCGUUCACCUUUGGAAGGGAGAGCUUGGGAAGGGAGUUUUACAGACCCUUACGCUUGCGGCGAAGCUUCAUAUCAAUAUGUCACCGGCUUGCUCGACUCUGGUGUGGCGUCAGUGGCAAAACAUUGGAUUCUAUACGAACAGGAACUAAAUCGUAAUCCACAUGGGUUGCAGACAAAAUCUGACACGUUCCCGGGCGGUACUCAAUUACCGGUUUCAUCCAAUGUUGAUGAUAAGACUAUGCAUGAAGUCUAUAUGUGGGCUUUUGCAGAAGCAGUCCGUGCUGGGACGACUCAUUUCAUGUGUUCUUACAAUGAGGUCAACAACACCCACUCCUGCAGCAAUGCUAAGUCGCUGAAUGGUCUACUUAAAACCGAAUUGAACUUCCAAGGCCCUAUCAUGAGUGAUUGGGGGGCGCAUUGGGACACUGUACCAUCAAUGUAUAAUGGUAUGGACAUUUCUAUGCCCGGAAGUCAACUCAAUUCUCUGCUUGGGGAUUUCUGGGCUAAUUUGACUGAACUGGUUAACAAUGGCACCGUCAAAGAGGACGUAGUUCGCGAGAAAGUUAUUCGUAUUCUCACACCGUAUUACCAUCUUGGGCAAGAUGUGAAACCCCUUCCAGAUUUCGUCUAUAAUCUCAUAGGACCGCCUUACGUGAACGUCACUGCUGGUUACAGGAAUGUACGGAAAUCGGGAACGGCUGACCUUAUUAAGGAAAUUGGGAUGUCCAGCGUUACUCUCCUCAAGAAUACGGGUGGACUGCCGUUAAAGAACCCUAGCCGUGUUGCAGUGCUUGGUAACGAUGCAACGGAUAACAUCCUUGGUGCAAACUCGUGUGGCGCAACCAACAGCUUUUGUGCUAUUAACAACCUCAAUGGCACACUGACAAUCGGAUUCGGGGCUGGCUCAGGUUAUUCACCUUACAUUGUCACUCCGCUUGAUGCGCUCAAAGCAAGAGCGAUACAGGACAACCACGAGAUUCAGGCAGUGGUUGCGGACAGUACUAGCGCUACGGCAACAGCAGCAAUUCAGGCCCUCUUACCUCUUUCCGACGUCACUCUCGUUUUUGUGAACAGAUGGUAUGGGAGGGGUAUGGACGCCGAAAGUCUCAAUCUCACAGGAGACGCGGACGACCUCGUGGCCCAAGCUGUUAACUCCUCUUCCAACGUUGUUGUCGUCAUUCACGCGACUGGGGCGGUUAACAUCGAAAAAUGGGCGGACAACCCCAACGUGACUGCGAUUAUCGCUGCAUAUCUUCCCGGACAAGAAUCAGGUGCCGGUCUCGUCCCUGUCUUAUAUGGCGAUGUCUCGCCUAGCGGAAAGAUACCAUGGACAUGGGGUAAAAGCUUGGAUGAUUAUCCUCCUAAUGGUAUCGUCACUGAUUUAGUGUAUUCGCCGCAAUCAAAUUUCACGGAGGGAUCUUUCAUCGAUUACCGCUGGUUCGACAAAAACAACAUCACUCCUCGAUACGAAUUCGGACAUGGGCUGUCUUACACGACGUUCAAAUACUCUCAGAUCACUAUCUCCAAAAAGACUUCGAAGGACACCACCUCUGUGAUGGAAACUGCGGAACCGUUUGUCGGUCGCGACAGUAGCAACUCUCUCUACGAUAUUCUUUUCACUGUCUCGGCCAAAAUCUCCAACACUGGCCAAUAUACCGGAAGCGAAGUUGCCCAGCUGUACAUAUCGAUUCCAGAAGAGGGCCAACCUAUCCGUGUGCUUAGGGGAUUCGACAAGGUCAAGGACAUCAAACCCGGAGCCAGCGCAACUGCUUCUUUCCCUAUUCGUCGCAAAGAUGUCAGUGCAUGGUCGACAGUAGGCCAACACUGGUACGUCCCCAAUGGAACGUUCACCAUUUUUGUCGGAGCUAGCUCUCGAAAUCUGCCUCUUAGCACUACCUGGACGCCUUGAUUAUUGCCUUCAACAAAGCUCAUUUCAGUUAACUUGAAAUACUUUCCCCUGAACAUUAGCCACUCCUUUUCCUUACUGUUAUUUUUAUCACCUCUCAAAGGACUCAUGGAAGGUGAUGAACCCAUCCAGUAGUUCCAGUCUUUCCUUUUCUCAAUAUGUUACAAUAUUGUAAAGUCAUGAUAUCGAUGACUCCCCUUGUCUUACACCUGUCUUGUAUGUAUGUAGUCCGAUGAUACAGAAAUAAAGUCCUUCAUUGCCU